ACUCCAUCUCCAUUCAAUUCUCUCUCUCUCACCUCCAUUAAAGCUUCAUCUCUUUCCUUCCCAUCUCUUUCCCAUUCUUUAAAACCUCCCCUUUUGUUCUCCACCUUUCUUCUCACACAAAUUGAACCUCUGAAGAAACAGAAAUUCCAAAUUCUCCCCCCAAAAUGGAUGCAUAUGAUUGCGACUACUUCAUGAGGAGGAGCCAGCAGGUUCCGGCGUUUGGGAGCUGGGAUUGCGACGGCGGCGGCGAUUUCCCGAUCCCGUUCACGCAGUGCUUCGAGUCGGCGAGGCAGGCCGCCGGUCUCCUCCGCUACAGCUACUCCGAGGACCGGGAUCUGUACGUCGCCGGCGAUCUCUACGAGAACGACGUCGUCACUCCCACCAUGAUUGUCGUCCCCCGUCGCCGGGUUGUUGAGAAUGGAGGGAAAGGAGGAGGAAAAGAGGCAGCAGCCUGGGUGGUGGGCCAGUGUGGGUAUGAAGAUUUCGGAGCCGUCGUAAAAGAGCCGCCCAGCCCACCUCCGCCGUCUCCUCCGCCGUCCAAGGCGGUGGACGAAGAUCUCUACAAGAUUUCCCCUGACCUCCUCUGCUCCAGGGCCAAAAGGAGGAGAUCAUGGGGAUUCUUCUCAAGUUGCCUUCGACCAGUCUGCGUGUAACACGGAAGAACAAACAAAAAAAAAAAAAACCAAUCUUGGCUGGGAAUCGACACAAGAUUAUCACAAGAGAAUGUUUUGGAUCUGGGCAAAAUCCUGGGAAGAACAAGAUGAGAGUAUAUGUAUAUUGUAUGGACAUGAAUGAUGGUAUAUAUCAUGAUGAUAUAUAUAUGAUCAUCAUCUGAUCAUUAUCUUCAUCAUUAUAUACAUCAUCAUCAUCAUCAUGAGUAGCAAUGCAGGUGAGAAUGAAGAAUAAAUUAAAGCACAGAUUAAUUAAUUAGUUGUUGUUUCUUUUGUAUUUGCAGUUCAAAAGUAGCUGCUGCUUCUGCAGCAGUGAAAUUGAUUAUUUAAUCAAGGAGUGAUAAUUAAAUCAAUGGAAUUUUG